CAGGUUCGCAGUAUCAACGAAAAUCGUGGCGCGGUCGAACGUCUAACAUUUAAUAACCACACCGAAUGUCACUGUGUAGAAAAAUCUAUGCAACAGGCGGAGGAGUAUUAUCAUCUGCCACUCUACGGUAUAUCGUUCGGUGGAGAGACACUCCGAAGAGCUACCAUUUUCAACUGUAACUGUCCCAAGUUGUACGAAAAAAUUUUGCAGGAGGACGAUUUCUGCCGAUGUGACUGCUCUUCCGGUAACACCGGUUGUGAUUGGCUCAAGAGGGGCAUGGAGCAUUUCUCGAUGAUUGAUCGGAAAUGCAUAUCCGAAGGACGUUGCAAGGCGCCUACAUGUGUGCAUGGGACCUAUAUCAAAAAGUACGGACGAUGUCCCAAACGGGAGGAGCAAUUUUCGACGUCAUUGUCUUCCCCAGAGACGUUGAAAAACAAUGCGUUUCUGCCCAUUAAUUACCAUUGAAUUGAAUUAUUAAUACUAUAUAUUUUUUAGCGCAACUAAAAUUAAGUAUUAAUAAAAACGUUUAAAUAGAAGUAG